GUGUGCUUGUUGCAUGCGUGCGCAUUCCUUGGCCGCAGCAGCAGCCCACAAAACGUGCCGAGUCCGACGGACGUGAACGACCGUUGAGCGACGGACAACAGCAGCUGCCAAUCUGGCCAGCCUUUGAGCGUUACUCUUGCCCUUACACGCUAGUCGCUUUCGUGCCGGGGCCAGGAGAUGCAUGUGUCCACGCACUGUCCCUCUCUGCCAUCACCCUCGCCAUGAGCACGCCUGCGACCCGGCAUCGUCUCGUCCGUCGAGCCGGCUCACUCGCGCUGCCCGGCCAUGUCCAUUGACGUUGACCUCGACCACGCUGCCACCGCCCGACCCUCGCCCGCCGCCGAUGUGAGCUUUGCUGCCGCCGAAUCUCGCCAUGGGGAGUCGAGUUCCCGCGCUCAGUCGCGCAGCUCCAGCGCCCGAGGGAGCUCCCACAGCUUCCCUGACAAGUUUCGAGGAUCAAGUGAGACGAGGUCCAGCACUGCCGAGGCCACGUCGAACCAGGCCGAUAGCAUAGGCCAGAGCAAAAUACCACAACGGGUCAGGAAGCCUGGUGGGUUCUUGCUAGGCUCAGUACUCAGCAACGGACACGUCAGAGCCUCCGACCACGCCCCUGGGCUGAGCAGCAAGCGAGCAUCCCGGAGUCACAACAAUGGGCACAUCCAGCUCGAUAAGCCACGAAAUGCGGCCGCACGCAUCUCGGGAGAGUCAUCCCAUGGAAGUUCACCACUUUCACGGCAGCUCUCAAGCGAGCGGUCUACGAAGGCUGGCUCUGGCAAGCUGCCAGAGGCCCGACCCCCUGCAAUGGAUCCAGCGCAGCUGGUGCAGAUGGCACUCAACCUGAGCGAGAGUCGAAAACGCCAUUCCACCAGCGCCUUACCAGUGCCAAUCACUCCUGCGGGGAGCAGGAGGGUAGUCUCUGCGAUGGACUCGGGCUAUGGAACCGUGCGGUCAGCGUCAUCGGCGGGCAAGAGGGCCAGCUACUCGAACGAGAGUCGGAUACCGACACCUGUGUCACAUAGGCACAGUCCACACCGAGAGGAACUACUCGAAAGUCCUAUCGACUUGGGGCGGAAUAUUGUGCACACUUUCUCGCCAGCUACCCUGUUCCGGACAGAAAAGGCGCGCAGAUACUUCGAGCUUGCCAGCGAGCACAGGCGCCUCCUAGAAAAUCUACCACCACUGCGGCCGGAUGCCACUGCGCCUGGCAACUAUAGCACGCAGGCUACAAGCAGCCCGGGAAGCGCCCACUAUCACAUGACCAGAAUCACAUCAUCGGAAAGCGUGCAUAAGCACAAGCUUGGGAGGCAGUACAACCCUCUUCAAGCUUUGCGCAAUCGUCGUAUACGCAAUCGCCAGCGCCGACCACUGACUGCACCGACAGAAACAUUUCAGGAGACCGACCGAAUCCGGCGUUGGAUCGAUGGAGUUGAAGCUGCGGCGAAGAACAGCUCUUUCAGACCAGGUGAAGAUCAGGUCCGACUGCCGCCAUUCUCUGGGGAGCUUGAGGCGGACCCCAACGAUCGCCCGGAUACUGCCCGCGGUCACCGCCGGACUGACACCACGUCCUCCGUUAUAGUAAGACCAGAAAAUGGAUGGAUGAUCGAGCCGGCGGAGCUCCUUGCAGAUACGUACUGGGUUGAGAAGCAUGAUAACAAGACCCUAAUCGAAGACCGAAAUGGCCAUCGACUUUUUCCAGCAAGGACUGCAACCAGCUUGGAGGCGCCGCGACGUAGUAAAGACAUCACGCGACGCAGCAUGGAAGUCGGAAAGCUGCAGGAUCACAAUGGAAACCACCGUGAUGACUCCGAUGCUUCUGAAAGUGAAGAGCAGCACCGAGCGAAGCACAAGUCUAAGCAUAUCCUGCCAUUACCGCGUCUUGGUCGCGGCCACGUCAACCGAUCAGGAAGCGUCUCGAGCAUUUCUAGUGACGAAGGACGCAGACCACCAGCGUUACGCUUUGGUCAUGAUGAGGGGGGCGAUGAGAACAUUGGACCUCUGGAACGGCAUAUGCGCGAAAUGAUUGCCAAAGACGAGAAGGGCGAGUUGUCUUCACCAGAGCUCUUGUCGCCGGACCACUGGGACACACAAAACACCAGCUUUCCGACAAUGCGCACUGGUGGAAGCAAUUCACGUCACGAGAUUAAUGCAGCAAGCAAAGGGAGACUUUCCGUCGAUACUCAACGACACCAGCGUUCCACUUCUGACGAUAGCAAAGGCUCUAUGGAACGCAAUCUACCUUCCAUGAACGAGAUGAUCGCGGACAGCCCGUCUUCUCCCGUCGUGCCGGAUUUCUCGCGUCAAAGCACUUCAGAAUCGACUUUCAGCAAGCAGGCGUCACCCGUGAAACACAAAUCGAAGGGCUUGAAACUUCCCCUUCUGCACUCGCGUAGCAAAAGUAAGGAACGCAAUCACAUCGAAGCAACUGACUUCGCCAGCAAUACGGGCGCUCCCUUGUCGCCGGUCUUGAGCGCUGAUUCUGGCACCGGAGGGCCCCGGUCUAGCAUCGAAUCGGCGCGACCAGCUCAAUUCAGACACCACAAGACGUCUGACAGCAUAGACAGUGAGCUACUUCAGACGUACACGAACACGACGACUACCGCCUCGUCCACGAAAGGAUCCAAGACUGCCUCGAAUCGCUUCUUCAAAGGUGGUCGAGUGCGCGAUAUUGUACGCAACGAGAGCUCGCGCUUCGGUGAUAGGUUCCGUGCCAGCCGUGAAGGUGUCAAUGCUGAAUCGUCUGUGCCACAGUCAGAUGCCUCCGAUGGCGAUGUGGAUCACGCUCUGCUGCGCAAACGAAACGACGAAGAUAAUGUCCUCGAUGAUGGCAUCAGUCCGCGCGCGUCUCUUGAACGUCCGAGGCCCAAAGCGAAGUAUUUCACUUCGGGUCUGCCAUCCUUCAGGUCCCCAGCUGCUCGCGAUAGAGCAGCCCCGACAAGUCCCUUGUCGGAGGAUAGUAACCCGUUUGACAAGCUGCACGCGUUGUCGCGGUCUCGGCAGCAAGAGUUGCCAAAGAUCAACCUCCCGGAUGACGGAAACGUGUCGGAACCUGAGUUGUCUCCAAAUAAAGCUCAGAAAGGCUUGACUUGGGCUGAAACUUACAAGCGCAGAAGGUCGGUCUCACAAAAUGAUUUGACGCUUGUCGAAACAGAUUCGCGCCUUUCGAACAUGAAAAUCAGGAAUGGCCAGGCAGGCGGCUCUGGUAAGAGGCACUGGAGCAUCUCCGACAACGCGCAGCGUGGGCAGAUGCAGAACAGCAGUGCAGAUGAUGAAUUGCCGAGUCGAGUGACAGCGAGAGAUAUCGCUCGAGUGCGGGCGCUGUUGCUGGCUUCGGGCAUCAAGGCCCAGGAAAUAUGCCAUAUGGCUAAUUCCACCCGCGAACGUCCGCUGCCUAUCAUUGUCAAGGCCGCAGAAGUAGCGGGACAUACUAUCGAACCAAUGACUCGAAAAGAAGAGAACGUUGCAGCCGGCCAGUGGCUUUGUGGCACCGUCGACGGCACGAUUGUCGAUUUGGAGAAACUGCUCCAGCGUUUCCAGGGGCAGGUGGUGAAAGACUUGAGCGUGCGUCUGGAGGCGCUUUCGCAUAAAGCGGGAGAUCAACUCACAAAGCGUGUGCACGAAACUUCGGACGAAGCAGAUGCAUUCAACGUGGAGCUCACCACGAGGAUGCCGCAAGACAUCAAGCGCAUGGACAACACUAUUGACAGCAUGUUCCGAGCGCGCAGGAAAAACUUCAGGCUCCUUAUCAACGUGAGCUCGAAGCUUUUUGAGUGGCUUCUACUCGGCAUCAUGUGGUCAAUUUGGCUGAUCGUGGUUGUGGUCAACAGCUUGAAGAAAGUCAUUCUGGCCUUGUUCAGGUUCUUGAAGUGGCUGACAUGGUUUUGAACAAGACACUUUACUAGACUUUAUAAUAUUCUGUGAUACCCUAAGAGGCUUGUAGAAAGCGAGGCGCUUUGGACAGUUUUCAGUAGAAAGCGAGGAGUUUUGGAUGGGCACUUGAUAUAUAAUCGGACAUAGCAGACGAAUGUUCAUAUGUUAUUGGUGUGGAGAUCGGGG